AUGGUGUUCUUACCAGACGUACCUAUGAUCAAUGUCCAGGCCAUCGGAUGGAUAGGCACGAUUAUUACCUCGACCUCUUCACUGGGCGCUCACUACAUCAGAAAAUCGGUCAAUCGCGAGGAUCUAGACGAUGAGACAUCUACCGAAGAACAAAUACGCACGCCGGUUGGCUACAGCUUGCUUCAGCUCGCCACUCGAGCAUUGCUGCUGGCUUCUGUCGUCGUCAGCCAUCUCCGAGAUGGCUCAUCGAGCUUGAUCGAGACAGCUGCUCUUGCAUAUGUUUUUGCCCUUGACUUGGCUCGGGUGGUCUUGGCGAUGCGGCAACCGAGUCUGAGAUCGUCUUUGCUGCACCAUGCCAACGUUCUCGUGUUUGUCGAGGCCGUUGCGGCCUUUGCUCAGCUGUCACCAGCGAUCGUUUCACUUCAUGAUCCCCAGCCAGCAGCCAGCAGAUGGCUGGUCCUGAAGCUUGCGUCCGCCAUACUUGCUCUGCUGUGUGCAUUCGUCUCACCGCGAGAAUGGAAGCCUCUGCCGCUGUCGUUUGGCCUGGCACAGAGGGAGCUUUCGGAGCCGAGCCCCGAGCAGACUUGCUCUUACUUUUCGUAUUAUAUGUCAUACGGCUGGCUGACUAACCUCAUCCUUCGCGGUACACGACGACGCCUGGUUCUUCAAGACACCCUGCCACUUCCAGAGUACGACGAACCGCUGAUGUGGAAAGAGAGAAUCAUGGAGGCCCGGGAAAAAUACAAGACUACGGCAAAGACACUCGCCUACGCCCUGCGUGAAAGUAUCGCUGCCAUGGUUUUCUUUUCUGCUCUUACAGCUGUGGCCGGGUUUAUCUCACCGCUUGCACUCUAUCGCCUGCUGCAUCACAUUCAAGAGCCGGAACUGUCUACUGUGAGGCCGUGGAUCUGGGUGGCUCUUUUGUUUAUUGGACCGGUGCUUCGAUCGAGCUGUUACCAGCAGUAUAUUUUCAACAGCACACGACUGAUCGUCCGCACCAAGAUGUGCCUCAUCCAAGAGCUCUAUGCCAAAGCCGGCCGCUGCUACGACUCGGACGCAACAAGUCUCCCCUCCCAGGAGAAGGCAUCAUCAGCCAGCGGGCUAGGAAAGGACAUCAAGAAGGGAAAAUCAAACAACGUCACAACUCUGAUGGCGUAUGACGUCGAUGCAAUCUGCAACUCGCGCGACUUUAUCAUCGUCUGCACGUCAACCCCAAUCGAGAUCACCAUGGGCCUUGUGUUCCUGUACAUUCUGUUUGGACUCUACUCUCUGGUUGCUUUGGUUCUCUUGCUGGCAUCGUUUCCCCUGGCGGCUCUUCUAUCGCGCCUGAUGUCGCGUUUUCAGCGGGAGCUUAUGAGAAGGACAGACAUUCGGGUGGCAUCCAUCUCCGAGUACCUGGCGUCCAUCCGGACGAUAAAAUACCUGGGAUGGGAGCCAAUCAUGACCGAACGCAUCAACGCUGAACGCCGUGCAGAAGAGAAGCAAAUCUGGCGCCGGAACCUGUCUGCCGUCGCUGUCACCGUGUUGGGAGAUUUCGUUCCGCUUCUGGCCCUGUUUGUCAUGUUUGCCACGUACACUCUGGUCGAGGGGCAACCUCUUACUGCCGCAAAAGCCUUCACAUCAGUGACCAUCAUAGAGUCUUUGCGCCUCCAGUUUGUGUGGAUUGCGAAUGCGACACGGUACUAUUCCCAGGCGCGGGUUGCAUUCGGGAGAAUUGACAAGUUUAUGGUCAACGAGCGUGAAACUGCGCCUCACCCAUCUGGCGAGCCGGCCUUCCACAAUGCUGUGUUCCGUCGCGCCGUUGCUGAGGACUCUUUUCGGCUCCAUAUCGACUGCAAGUUUGUUCCCGGCGGCUUCAAUGCCAUUGUCGGCGCUUCUGGAAGCGGGAAGUCGACUCUUCUUCUGUCCCUAACGGGUGAGACGAUACUCGAGUCUGGCUCUGCAAUGUGCCCAGCGCCAGUAGCAUAUGCACCACAGAUCCCCUGGAUGCUGAAUGAUACUGUCCGUGCAAACAUCCUGAUGCACCAGGAGUUUGAUGCGAUGCGGUACAAGAGAGUCCUGCACGCAUGUGCGCUACUGUACGAUCUAGAGAAGCUUGAUGAGCGUGAUCUAACCGAGGUCGGUGUCAACGGGUCCAACCUGUCCGGGGGUCAGCGCCAGCGGGUGUGCCUUGCCCGAGCUCUUUAUGCGCAGUCGAAGAUUCUAGUGCUCGACGACAUCUUCUCGGCUCUCGACUCUGCAACGCAGAAGCACAUCUGGGACUUUUGCUUCUGCAACGAUGCCGUCAUCCAGGGCAGAACCGUAAUUUUGGUCACGCAGUUUCAGGCCGCAAAAGAGUCUGCUGAUUUGCUGGUUGAAAUAUCCAACGGCCGUGUCAGCAAGCUCACUCGGAGGUCUGAAGGGACAAGGCAAGUGCGGCUCGUGCAUGAUGACCCGGCGAUACGGGCCCCAUCUUCAGCCAACUGGGUCCUCGAGAAGACAGAAAAUGCGGCUUUCCACCAUACCCGAGCUAUCGAAAAGAAGAUCAACCAGGAGGUGGCGGGCGAGGAGAGAAAUCCCAGGACUCUCUUCUACCAUUACAUGUACCUCUUUGGCGGACACAGCCGCGCAAUAAUGGCCAUGGUCAUUUGUCUUUGCCUGCAGCUGGCAUACUUCUCGCUGCCAAUAUGGUUGUCGGCCUGGGUGGGAGCACCGGAUCCGGGAUCUGAGGGUGCUCACUCGACGGGUUUUUAUAUCUCAGUGUAUGGGGCAAUUCUGGGGUCAUUCCUAGGGUUUUCGAUUCUGAGCCGGGUGUAUCUGCAGAAGGGAGCAUGGGAGGCGGCGCAUACGAUGCAUGAAAAGCUUGUCUCGGCAGCAAUGUGGGUGUCGGUCCAUUGGUACGACAAGAAUCCUCCUGGAAGAUUUAUCAACCGGUUCUCCAGCGACAUGUUCUCCAUGGACUGUGUGAUGGUGGACUACCUGCGCAUAGCUAUGGACAACGUGUUCCGGUUUAUGCUACGGCUGACUGCAGUUGGGUCCAUUAUGCCCGUCUUUGCCCUUCCGGCCGCCUUUGUGUGCACGAUCGGGCUCGUCUGUGCGGAGAUGUACACCAGAACGCAGCUAUCUGCCAAGGCUCUUGCGUCUGCAGCGCAGUCUCCUAUAUUUUCCUUCUUUGUGGAGAGCAUGGCCGGCAAAGCGGUGAUUCGAUCCGGGCCCGGCUUUCAGGCUGCCUUUGCCGACGAUCUGGGAAGGCGGCUGCGGGUGUAUGCACGGUCGUCAGAGACAAGGUUUAACCUCAAUCGGUGGAUCUGUGUGCGUGCAGACGGCUGCGCGGCCGUGAUUGCCAUGUUGACGGGCAUCAUCGCCCUGUCGUAUGGUCCUGACGUGUCGGCCGGACGUUUGGGCUUUUCUCUGACAAGUGCAAUCGGCCUGGGCCAGACGAUUUUGACAAUGGUUCGCAGCAUGAAUGAUCUGGAGGCCGAGAUGAACUGUUUCUUCCGCAUCCGCGAAUACGCCUCGCUCCCACACGAAGACGACGGCGUGGACGACAAGGACAGCCUAGCGACUUCGGUGCCAGACCAUUGGCCUUUUGAGGGCCGGGUGCAGUUUGAGGGGGUAUCGGUCAAAUAUGCGCUCGACGGUCCCGACAUCCUGCACGAUGUGUCGCUGAGCGUGUCGCCGGGCGAGCGUGUGGCCAUUGUCGGCCGCACCGGCAGCGGCAAGUCCACCAUGGCGCUCUCCCUUCUCGGUUUCACGAACAUUACGAAGGGAUCCGUCCGGAUCGACGGCGUGGAUCUGGCGGCCGUGCCGCUGCGAGUGUUGCGGCGACGUCUGACGAUCAUCCCACAGGAGCCGGUGCUUUUCAGCGGUGAUGUCCGGUUCAAUCUCGACCCGGCCGAGUCAUCGACAAGCGACCAGCUGACAGAGGCGAUCGGUGCGUGCAGCGUUAUGGCGUCGCUAGCCGGAAACACGACAGCAGAACGGCACGUGGAUGAGCAGCCGAUCCGGGCGCUGGACCUGGACACGGCCGUGGCGCCGCAGGGGUCCAACUUCUCGGUCGGACAGCGACAGGUGCUGAGCCUCGCACGAGCCACGGUGCGACAGUCACAGGUGGUGAUUUUGGAUGAGGCGACAGCAUCGAUCGACUACCGGUCGGACGUGGCGAUUCAAAAGGUGCUGCGGUCGGCCUUCCGUGGGCGGACAAUCAUUGCGAUCGUGCACCGGCUGUCGACGAUCAUGGACUAUGACCGGGUGAUUGUGAUGGACGCUGGACAGGUGCGCGAGACCGGGUCACCGGCACAGCUGUACAGGCAGGGGGGCAUGUUUCAGCGGAUGGUGAAGCAGAGCAUCGAGCACGGGAAGGGGAGCGAGUGGACGCCCGAGAAGUUGCAGCAGUUGGAGAAGUGA